UGCAAAGUCAAGGUGCCUUAUUUGAUAGCAAUCACCACCCGCUGCCUAGCCCCAGGACCCAGUUUGGCUUAGAGAGUUCAGAGGGUCGAAGUGACAUUGCUAAUAUGUGUAGGAACAGAUUAUCAUCUUCAUCGUCGUCAUCAUCUGUUUCAUCCAAAAGUUCUGAAGAGUUUGAUGAAGUGGCUUCUCCGGAAGAGGAUGAGGUCCCCUCCAUGUUGUCAUCCCCCCGAAGUAGUGGUAGUAGAGGGAGGGGUGGUGGAGGACCGCCACGCGCCCUGCCCGGGUCACACCCGGCAGAUAGGAGAAUCUUAGGGUCAAUAAGUGUUGACCUGCCUCAAGGAGAUGUGGCUGCAUACCAAGUUGUUAGACGUCAGCACUCCCCAAGAGUGGAACAAAGGUCGCCUCAGAUAUCACCACGGUUUGAACUCAACUUGCCGUCAGGGGCAGGCUACCAGGAUGAGGAUGAUCAAAGUGGUGCUGAUAACAUCCCAUGGCGAUCCAAUGCUCUGUUCUCAGAUGGGGCACAGAUGAAUGAUGUGGAGUCAGAGCGCAUGUCCAGCCUGUGUGCCGCCGGGUUCAUGAGCCAGAGGGUCAGACUGAGCAGGGAGUCUUCCAACAGUAGCCUCCAGUCUCCCGAUGCCUCUCAUGCCAACAUGCUGCUGGGGAGCAACAUGAGGAGUCCACUGGCCACACCGGUCAGGGAAGCAUUGCCAGAUUUAGUCCAGUCCACCACCCACCCCGUGGAGAGUGGUUCCAGCGAUGUAGUUGGCAGGAGUAAUGUCCCGUUACAGCUGGCUUUGUACCACCCAGAUGAGUUCUGCAUGGACAUCCCAGCAUCCGUGUCUGGUCCACCUUCCCAGCCCGUCACCAUGCACCAGUCACCGUCACUGCCUCAGGUCCACACCUCGUCUGACAUUGUUAUGGAGAAGAAAACCACCC